GCCCUGCAGUGUUGCGAUGGUAAAGAAUUGCGGCAUUCCUUUCUUCUGACUGCGCAAGGAACUUCAUUAGAAUCAUGAAAUCAGUGCUACCCCAAAGCUGCUAUUUCUCUGCUUGACCGUGGAACUUCUGCCUAAAUCUUGCCCAGCUCUCCUGCUGCCUUGCUUCCUGCUAUAGAUUUAAAGCACACACACAUCCUUGUGCCUUCACUUGAUGAAAUUGUUGUCUGAUUGACCUUCUCACGCCUUUGAUCUUCUUAGUGGACAGUCUAUUCAGCCAUGUCGUACAGUACAGGCAUUGUGGGGGAUCCUACCCAGCUAGCUCAACAUAUAACUUCUAAUAUCCAGAAGAUCACCCAAUGCACUGCAGAAAUACAAAGAAUACUGCAUCAACUUGGAACACUACAAGACACGCCUGAAUUGAGGCAACAGCUGCAGCAGAAGCAGCAGCAUACAAACCAGCUUGCCAAAGAAACUGACAAGAACAUUAAAGAGUUUGGGUCUCUGCCUGCAACAAGUGAACAGCGUCAAAGAAAAAUACAGAAAGAUCGUCUUGUGGCGGAGUUCAGCACUGCACUGGCCAACUUCCAGAGGAUCCAAAGGCAAGCUGCUGAGAAAGAAAAAGAUCUUGUAGCCAGAGUAAGAGCCAGCUCUAGGGUAUCUGCUGGUCCUUCAGAAGACGGUUACAAAGAAGGAACACUUGUCUCUUGGGACAGUCAACCUCAAGCACAAGUGCAAGAUGAAGACAUUACAGAAGAUGAUCUCCGUCUUAUUGAGGAGAGAGAGUCCUCCAUCAGGCAGCUUGAGGCAGAUAUUAUGGACAUCAAUGAAAUAUUUAAAGAUUUAGGAAUGAUGAUUCAUGAACAAGGUGAUGUGAUAGACAGCAUAGAAGCCAAUGUAGAAAAUGCUGACGUACAUGUCCAGCAAGGAAACCAGCAGCUAUCAAGAGCAGCAGACUACCAGCGCAAGUCCCGAAAGAAAAUGUGCAUCAUCAUUCUUGUACUUGUCAUUGGAGCAGUGGUUCUUGGACUCAUCAUAUGGGCAUCUGUGAGAUAAGACUGUUGAAAGAGCAUUAUUUAAAUUAUGCAAGAAAACUCCUACACUCGUUUUUGUCUGCUUCUGAAGCUGUUCAGUAAAUGAUGGUUCUAUACUUUAUCACUGUUGCUUUUUUUUAAAACCUGAGAAAUGACUGUUGGUACCACUAGUUGGUAUAACUUCCUUCCAUUCUUGGAUUUGAGAUUGGCUGUACUGGCAAGACAACAAUCAGUCAGUUUUAUAAACUUACUUUUUUGUUGGUAAACUUACUUAAUAAACCCCUCUAAAUAUUUCGGGCUAAUCAGAAUUUUUGAUAAAGUGGGGCAUAAUCUGCUUUGAUAUUUCUAAGUGUUGCCAAAUCUAAACAGAGUUUUCUGAACUCCUUAUUCUAAUUGGGACAACACACUUAUUGUCACAAAUUAUUUUUAAACUGGUGAAUAGGUCUUCCCACUCGCUGUCUCCUAUGGAUUACUCAAGAUUAUAACAUAAAACCAUGUUGACGUCAGAAAACUAUCCUUCACUAUUGAAGCCUUUGGAUUAGGUGUUCAGUUUCUGAUUGACUAGGAAAUCUUUCAUAGAUUUCAUUUGUCUUUAUGUGGCAGUAGGUAUCCGUGUGCCAGGCAAAGCCUAUUUUAUAGGUAAAAUGGAUGGCAAUAAUUUAUUAAUAUAGGCUUUUUGAUUAAACUCUUAAAUUUAGAAAUGAGACUUUGGGCCAUAUUUUUACUUAGCAUUCAUGCACCUAACUUAUGCACACAUCUGGUAUUUUCAUGCCUAAAAUAAGUGUUGAUAAAUGAUUAUGCACAAUUGAACAUGUUUGACUGAAUCUGGGUCUAAUUUUAGUUGUGAACUCUUAAGUAUGAUAUUGGGAAUAGUGAAAAUUUGUAGUUUCCGAAUUGCACUUGAACUCCAGUGAUCUGAACCUGCUGUUAUGGUACAAAUACUUUGAACAGUACAGACCCCAGUUUGUAAAAAAUGUAUUUUGUUUCUUAUGCAAUCAGAGAGAGGAGAACUAAUCGUUAAAUUUAGUGUCCAGGACUGAUUAAGAUCUCUACUUCCAAAUGCCAAUCAGUUGACCUGACUCAACUUGCUCAGAAGCUUGGCCAUGCUUACAGCUUUCCAAUUUUUUUCCUUUUUGUGCUAUUUUAUACUAAUCCAUAAUUAGAACGGUAAUGUAUUUGCCUUUGUAAUUGAUAUUGCGAUAGUGCACUAAUCAAGAAUAUUGUGCAGAUGAAAAUGUCUCUUAAUCUGUAUUUUAUAAAGUUAUUGUACAGCAGUUUGAUAGAGAAUGCACUAUUUACAUAACAAGCGGAGAUUUACUAAUUGAGAACUAUUUAACUGUAAGUAUCUAUGGACUUAAAAUUGUAACCAUGAAGCCAAAAUAAAGAUGUUGUUUUAAAAGUGA